GUCGUACACGUAUGUAGAGCAAAGUUGGAGCAAAGUAAUUGCGGGGUCGGCGUACUCUCAGCCUCUGCUCGAACAAUAUUUCCAAAACGCGCACGCCUGCUGCCGACCCUCUGCCCGGACGGCAGAAAUUACAUAAUGGCAAAAAACACACGUAGUCUUCAACUGAACACAGAGUGCAAGACUCAAGUAAACGGGAGCUUUAGUAAAGGAAAGACAACAAACCAAUGCAUCCGCAGGAUGUAUUGAAACGAUUGAAACUGAAGUGCGAUGUCUAAAUAGUGCCUCAGCUAAGAUGACUUCUAGACGACUGUUCUCCCAAUGCUGCGUUUUCACAAUAAUCACUUUCGGGCUCUGCGUCGUUAUUGUGUUUCGUGGGGGUAUGUCCGAGAAUAUAAUAGCGUGCACAGCAGACGAACGCAUGUUAAUUGUUGCUCCACUUUUUUUUUUUUUAUUAUUCGAGUGCCUCAAAUCUGGACAGGCGUAGCAUAGAAGUUGGCAACACUGGCGUAAGACACAUGGUCGUUCGAUCGCGCGCAUGUAUGGCUACGUCGUGAGGACGUCUUGUAAGCCGCGCAUAGCGUUUUCCUCCAGAAGUUGUGAAGCAGCGGUGUAAAGCUAUAGUAUACAUCGUGUGGACGAUCUUCGGUCACUUACUUAGCGCGUGAAGCGCGCGUGUGGUUUCGCGUGUGGUUUACGCUCACGAAGACUUGCGUGCAUCAGAUCUAUAGUUCUCAGACGCUCGCAGUGACGAUUUUGUUCGCGCUUGCGCUCGCCUGAGCAAUGUUCACAAACUUCGACUUCCGUGGCGUGGCACGGGGACCGUGUUCCGUCAGUAACUGCGAGUGCGACGGCUACGCGCGCUCGCAGUCCUCCGAGGUGUGCACUUCGCAGAAUGCGACGCUCCAGUGCGGUUGGUGCUGCUACUGCAGCCACCCGCCAGUCUCUCACAGUCGUAUUGAUGGCAUGGACUGUAGUCAGGCGGAGCCUGCUCGCAUGAGUUUGGAAGCUGCUCAACCACUAUCGUCUCUCCCGUUUUCAAUUGAUGGGGUAGAGAGUCUCCUGGAACAGCCUGUGUCAGGUGAUGCACCAGCGGUGGAAGCUGAGAACGUUAAAACAGAGCCAGGAAUGGUGUCCAAAGAAAUCCUGCAACCACAGCUAGGCCAGGUGGUGGCCUCGAAGAGACGUGCUCAGACCAUGUUUGCAGCAGUGCGCUUCUUAAAGGACAAAUCAGUUGCUGUGGUCCCAGUGGACUGGAUAGAUGGAAGCAAGUGCUUGUGGCCACACCUACUGGCGCCUCAAGACAUUGCUGAGGCUGCUGAACAUGCCGACAUCCCAGAUUCCUCUUUUAUGCGCCGCAACAUCCACAUCCUUAGAAUUGAGUCUUCAUAUGACAAGGCACGCACCUGGUUGGCUGAGCAGGACGCAGACAAGGUUGAAGCAUCCACUGACAAAGGUGACGGCGUGAGCCAUAGCAAGUACCCCAGGAUGGCCUUAUCAGGUGGCAGAGGUGAAGAGAACAGGUUGAAAGACUUGCCACAUAAGCAGUCCAGCUCGGGGAAAACUGCCCACGGUGUCACGUCUACCCCAAGGAACAAAGCCUUGAAUAUCCAACCCACAGUGAGGCUUCACCGCCUGGCAGGUUAUGACAGUUGCAGCCAACAAAUGGACACAGUGGUCGAAGGAAAUCACACUGUGGGAAAUGCCCGCGAAGAGGAUUCACAGAGCUGUCGCAGCCCAUCCCUUUUGAACGUCUGCAAGUCGAGGAUUGUUGCCUGCAGCGAGAGUGAAAGCGUCCGAUCGCCAGAAAGUGUUGCCGACACCAGCACCACUUUGAGCAAGGACACGAGUCCAAGGUUGGAAGAGAAUGUUGACAGGUGUUCUGGAAAAUCAAUGUGGCACUUUGAGGCUGUGGAAAGUGUGGAGCUUGAGGAAGCAGACGAAACAGCAAAUAGUUCCAGUCUUGAAGAACAAGAUAUAGCGAGUAUGAUAUUGAGAGAGCUCAAGACGAUCAAGCAGCAAAAUGAACAAAUCCUGGCAGCCCUUGGUGUAACCAACCAAAACGACAAUAUGGAACUCGGCAAAAUGAAGCUGCCUGUAGCUGACAUAGACAGCCUGGAUGCCUUGGAAUUAAAGUUGGCAACAGAUCCAGUCUUUCGGACUUGCCUUACACACCGACUUUCACUUGUUGGAGGCUCCAAUUUACGGGCGUUCGUAGCCGGUGUCCUUCGCGUUCUGUUCAGUGACGCCGUGGGGCAGCAGUUCAGCAUGCUUGGGCAACGCAAGAAGAGAAGAUUGAAAGAUAUGGUUAUUUACAGCGUCAUUGAACAGGCCAUUAGGAGCAACUGUGCAUAUGACAAUGCAACAUCCUAUGCCAUUCGUGAUGCGGCGGGAUCCUGGCUCAAGAACUGCACCGCGAGGAUGAUGACUGCUAAAAAGUCUACGACACCAUAGAGGAGAAAGAAUAGACAAAGCCUUGAAAGCCACAGGAGAAAGUGACCAAUCGUCUAUGCAAGGAAACUUGGCGAAGAUCCCAAUGACUCAAGCUCCUGUGACUAAGCGUUCAGAGUAGCAACUCAAUUUUUUUUUAUCAUCUGCUCUCAAAGUUAUGGCUGUGCUAUAGCUCAGAGUUUUGACAGCACACUCUCACACAAUUUUGUAUUGAGGCAAAUUCGUCCGUGCAUUUUCAUGCAUUUCGUUUCAUAGGGGCCCCACAAUGCCUGUAGAAAAAAAAUGUGGAGUGUGUUAGGUAUGAAGGAGACAUUCUCGCAAAUUGUUUUCAAAUAAAGAUUGCGCCUUUUA